UUUUAUGGAGGAAGGGUCUACCCAGUCUCAGACGCUGACAAUUUGUCUAUAGAAAUUGAGCACCAAAGUGACACACACUUCCCUCCAGUAACGUGUGCUGUUGAACUAGGACAUCCCGAAGUGCACAUCGCUUCAGUCUCCUUUACCGUCAGACGUGCUGGGACGUAUUACAUCCAUGUAAAGCGCGAUGAGGUUCCCAUCAAAGGGAGUCCAUUUGAAAAGUUUUUCCAGUCAGGUCCUAUGAACCCAUCCAAGACUAGAGUAGUGACUAACUGCCCUACAAUUGUUUGUACACAGCACCAAAGAUAUGCACUUUAUGUUGAACCAAAGGACAGUUAUGGGAAUCUGUGUACACAGCUAGCAAUAGAAAAACAACUUCAGCAAGAUAAUUGUGGACUGCAAUUUAGUUUUAAAGAAGCUGGCACAGAUGAAGAUGCCCAGGUUCACACACAACUGCUGUAUGAAGCUCCUGUUGGUCUGCUGGCAGCUAAAAUAAAAUUCUACAGUCCUGGGUGUUUUACAGGCAGCAUUUCUUACCAAGACACACCAGUCUGUAACGGGGAGUUUAGUGUGGUGGUUUUGAAAGAAGAUGAAGCAGUCCUGGUUAAGAAAAAUAUUGAGAAAAAGAAAUACAAGUGCUAUUAUGAGGCUCGUUUACUAAGUUUGUGCAAUGAGCGCUUUUCAAAGGCCAAAAAAGUUUACCUUUAUAUUUCACCCAGGACUCUGAAAGUUUAUGAAUAUUAUUUGAAGAUCAUCCCAAAAUUAAUCACUGCAUUUAGAGUGUGUCCAUCCACAAAGUUUUUGUUUGAUGGGAUGAACAAUCAGUAUGAUGCUCCUGUGUUUAUCAUAGAAGAUAGCACACAGCCCCAAGUUGAGCUUGCCAGUAAAGAUAGAAGCUUAAUCGUUGCCACUUUUACUAACCACCUUAUAAAGAAUAUUGGGGGUUCACAGUCUUUCAAAGAAAAACAAGAAUUUUUCUAUAGUGAAAUGAGAAGUCAUCAUCAGAAGCAUCAACACACCAAGGUGACACUUAAGAUUGACAGGAGUAACUUUUUUGAAAGUUCAUUUAAAGCCACCAAAGGGUUCAACAUUGCUGACUGGUGCAAGAAUUUUGAGAUUCAGUUCAUUGGGGAACAAGGUCUGGAUUGGGGUGGAUUGAGGAGGGAAUGGUUUCAUCUCUUGUGCAUUAACAUUUUUGAUCCCAGUAAAUCCAAGCUAUUCAGGAGAUUAAAGAAAGAUGACCCCCAGGGACUUGUUCUGCCCAACCCAAAGAGGCCAGAAGACCUGAAGCUGAAAUACUAUGAAUUUGCUGGGAAAGUUGUGGGCAAGAUUCUGUAUGAAUCUGCCCUAGGAGGCUCUUACAAACAGCAAGUCAGUGCUAAGUUUGCACGGUCAUUCUUGGCCCAAUUGAUUGGGUUACGUGUCAAUUACAAGUACUUUGAACAAGAUGAUCCAGAUCUGUACACCACCAAAAUCAAGUAUGUUUUAGAGAAUGAUCCCGCAGAUAUGGACAUGCAUUUUGUGGAGGAGGAAUACAAUGAGAAAAAUGAGCUUGAAAGGACAGUUAACUUGAUCCCCAAUGGAGCUCAGGUGCCAGUGACCAAAGCCAACAGACACCAGUACUUGGAUGCUUUGGCACAAUAUCAGCUGGCAACUACAAUAAAGGAGGAAAUGGAAGCUUUUCUGAAAGGACUUAAUGACUUGGUGCCUGAUAACUUACUCAGCAUUUUUGAUGAAUAUGAACUAGAGCUUUUGAUGUGUGGCACAGGCUCAUAUAGCCUGGAUGACUUGAAAAAUAAUGUGAAUAUCUGUGGAAAUUCAUAUUCAUUCAACAGGACUUUGAAUUGGUUCUGGACCAUCAUUGGAAGUUUCACAACAGAAGAAAUGGCACGUCUUGUUCAGUUCACUACAGGAAGUUCCCAGCUGCCACCUGGUGGAUUUGGCUCCCUUUCCCCAACUUUUCAAAUCUCGCCUGCUUUGUCUUCUGGAAGUUUGCCUACUGCUCAUACUUGUUUCAACCAGUUGUGCCUUCCAGACUAUGACACCUUGGAUCAGUUCCACCAAGCUCUACUGCUGGCUAUUAAUGAGGGCAAUCAGGGAUUUGGGAUGAUCUGAUUCCUGUAACUGUUACAGUAUAUUUAUAAUGCAAAAAUGAAAUUACAAUGCAGAGAUUGCUGAAUAAGAUCUACUUGUAGGAGGUUUCAGAAAAAUGUAAAAAUCACUUAUUUGUGUUCAGAUUACUGUUAUAGUAAGUCACUGUUUUUAAAUAACACAAAUGUCAAAUGGUUAAAAAGAAUAGUCUCUAAGUGCAAAUAUACUCCAAUAUUUCUAUCAUUUAUUUUAAUACUAGGCAUACAUAUUCUGUAUUUUGCUAUUGUAAAAGCCAAAUUAUGUUUAAAUUUCAGAUUUUUAGACUUUUAUGUUACAAUUUGUUUUGCAAUAUAUAUGAUAUCAGACAAAAAUAGGAGUAAAAGUGUUUGUUAUCUGUGUUGAUCCCAUUUGUUCGCUCAGUAAUCUCUUGUACUUUAGACAUUUUUCAAUUUUUAUUUUUGAAACUUUAUAAAUGUUGUGAAAUUGAGAUUUAUGUAUAGGUAUAAAUGCAUCAUUUAUUUAUAAUUGUAUCUUGCUUCUCAUUAAUAUUAUUAUUAUUUGUUCUAUUUAUCAAUAAUAUUAAGGAAUUUACAAAUAUAUUUUAUAGAUAAUCUCCCAGUGAAUUGGAUACUAAGAUAGAUUUCAUUUAUUGGUAAGGUGAUAGAUUAAAACUAAGUAUGAAAAGUAGUUUGAUUUUACUUGAAACAAAAAUACUUUUUUUAAUUCUGCAAUUAUAUUUCCCACAUGCUGCGUAAACCCCAAUUUGAUUACGCUAUUUUUGUUCAGCAUUCAAUAAAAAGUGAAUGAUAAGUGGUUAAAGUUUGAUGUUUUGUCCACUGGGGCAAGUUGAUGCGAUUGGCAUGAGGAUUUGUAUGUUUGGAUUCCCGGUAUCCAGUUAGUCAAGUCUCACACACACACAAACUCCUGUAGUGUUAAGUGUAGAAUAUAAAAAUGCAUCUAUAUUUUGUAGACUAUUUUAUUUGACGGACAGUCUUGUGUAUUUAUUAAUAUUAUACGUUAUCUGUAGCCAUUGUAAGUGCAAUCAUGUCGGAAUAUCAGUGACAUCAAUAUGAAAAACGUGAAAGAUAAACUUUGUUCUUUUUUUAAUCGAAAACUUGUGAAAAAUAAACGGCGGUCUUGUAGCGUAACUA